GCCCAGCAGUUGCCAGGCAACGCCCGCUGGAGGAGUCCUAGCGUAAAAAAGGUCCGGGAGAAGUGUCAGCGGCCAGGAGUGGGACCCUGCAGCGCAUUCUUUCCUUGCCGGCGGCCGUACCCGCGGCUGAGCGGGUUAGGGCAGGGGAAAUGUUGCAGGAGGAGUCGGACCUGUCUCUCAUCAUUGCCCAAAUAGUCCAGAAACUCAAGGGCUCCAAUUUGUAUGCUCAGCUGGAACGGCAGGCCUGGGCCUGUCUUCAGAGACCCGAAAUCAGACUUGAAUCACUCAAAGAAGAUAUUAAGGAAUUCUUUAAAAUAUCAGGUUGGGAGAAGAAACUUCAGAAUGCUGUUUAUAGUGAACUGAAUGUGUUUCCUUUGCCCAGUCAUCCUUCUGCACCCCCUGAGCAUCUCAAAGAACCUUUGGUGUACAUGAGGAAAGCACAGGGAAGUUGGGAAAAAAGAAUUUUGAAGAGUUUAAAUAGUAUGUGCACAGAACUAAGUAUCCCAUUAGCACGAAAGAGACCAGUGGGAGAGCAGAAAGAACUUCUCAAUAAGUGGAAUGAAAUGGGAACUGAUGAGCCAGAUUUAAGCCUUUUUCGACCUGUUUAUGCACCUAAGGACUUUCUUGAGGUAUUAAUUAAUCUCCGCAACCCAAAUUAUGAAAAUGGUGAUUCUCUUAGUUUUAGGACUCAUUUGGGUUUAAUCCAAGUUCCUCUGAAAGUAAAAGACAUCCCUGAAUUGAAAGAAUGCUUUGUAGAACUUGGCUUAAACACAGGACAACUGGGUAUAGAUGAUUCUACACAAGUGCCUCCUGAACUUUUUGAAAAUGAGCAUGUGCGUAUUGGGCAGAAAGUUCUAGCGCAGCAGGACAGCGCUGCUGCCCAGCAGUACGUCCGACAGGGAAGCCCCACUGCACUGAGAGCGGAGCUCUGGGCGCUCAUUUUGAAUAUCUCCAGUCAGCCUGAGGAUAUCCUGUAUUAUGAGCAGCUGAAAACCAAUGUGAUACAGCACGACCUUUUGGUGGACAGUCUAAUUUAUAAAGAUGUGAAGCUGACAGCAAGCAAUGAUGAUUACUAUUUUGUAUUUGAAGAUUAUUUAUAUCAGGUGUUACUUUGCUUUUCACGGGAUACGUCUGUGCUGGGUCACUUUGCAUACAACAGUGCUUCACCACCGAAAUCAUACAUCAGAGGAAAACUAGGAUUAGAAGAAUAUGCUGUCUUCUAUCCACCCAAUGGUGUCAUCCCCUUCCAUGGAUUUUCCAUGUAUGUCAGGAUGGCCAAGAUCAAAAACUCAGGUGACAGCAGAUGCUGGCGAGGAUGCGGAGAAAGAGGAACACUCCUCCAUUGUUGGUGGGAUUGCAAGCUGGUACAACCACUCUGGAAAUCAGUCUGGCAGUUCCUCAGAAAAUUGGAAAUAGACCUAACCUGAGGACCCAGCUAUACCUCUCCUGGGCAUAUAUCCAAAAGAUGUUCUAACAUAUAACAAGGACACGUGCUCCACUAUGUUCACAGCAGCCUUAUUUAUAAUAGCCAGAAGCUAGAAAGAACCCAGAUGUCCUUCAACAGAGGAAUGGAUACAGAAAAUGUGGUACAUCUACACAAUGGAAUACUACUCAGCUAUUAAAAGCAAUGAUUUCAUGAAAUUCUUAGGUAAAUGGAUGGAACUGGAAAAUAUCAUCCUGAGUGAGGUAACCCAAUCACAAAAGAAUACACAUGUUAUGUACUCACUGAUAAGUGGAUAUUAGCCCAAAAGAUUGGAAUACACAAGAUACAAUUCACAGAUCACAUGAAGCUCAAGAAGAAGGACAACCAGAGUGUGGAUGCAUCAGUCCUUCUUAGAAGGAGGAACAAAAAUACUCACAGGAGGAAAUAUGGAGAUAAAGUGAGGAGCAGAUACAGAAGGAAAGGCCAUCCAGAGACUGCCAUACCUGGGGGAUCCAUCCCAUAUACAGUCACCAAACCCAGACAAUAUUGUGGAUGCCAAGAAAUGCAGCUGAUAGGAACCUGAUAUAGCUGUCUCUUGAGAGGCUCUGCCAGAGUCUGACAGAUACAGAGGUGGAUGUUCAUUGCCAACCAUUGGACUGAGAACAGGGUCCCUAGUGGAGAAGUUAGAGAAAAACUUGAAGUAGCUAAAGAGGUUUGCAACUCCAUAGGAAGAACAACAAUAUAAACCAACUGGACACCACAGAGCUCCCAGGGACUAAACCACCAUCCCAAGAGUACACAGGGAUGGAACUAUGGCUCCAGCUUCAUAUGUAGCAGAGGAUGGCCUUGGCAGGCAUCAGUUGGAGAAGAGACCCUUGGUCUUGUCAAGAUUUGAAGCCCCAGUGUAGGGGAAUGUCAGGGUGGGGAGAUGGGAGGGAGUGGGUGGGUAGAGGAGCAUUUCCUUUUGAAAACAGGAGAAGGAAAGAUGGGAUAGGGGGUUUCUGGAGGGGAAAACUGAAAUGUAAAUAAAAAAGUCCAAUAAAAGAAAAAGGUUUUAAAAAAUGUUAAUGAGGAAUUUAUUUUUAUGGACGAACCAAGUAGGGAAAUAUUCAUGAAAUCAAACUCGAGGUCAUGCUUACUUUUUGCGUAUUAUAUGAAUAUAUAAAUGUAAUUUUGCUUAUAAGAAUUGGAUUGAUGGUAUGAUGUUUUGUUCUCUCAUAAAUACAAUAAAAUAUUGAAUAGUGAUUAUUUGCAUAAAUUUUUGUAGUAUUUAUGUUUGUGAAAAUAUAUUUACCUUUAAGUUCAAUCUUCAUUUCUUUAUUAGACAUGAUUGUUAAAAAUUUUAGAACCCAUAAAAUCUUCAGUUGGAGGUUUCAUAUUUUAUUUAUUAAAAUAAAUUUGGAGAAUUUCAUGCACGUGGACUGUAUUACACCAUUCAUGCUCCUCCGUCUCCUCCAGCUUCUCCCAUGCUACCCAGCCUCUCUUUCAAGUUCAUGCCCUCUUCUGUACUCAUUGGAAAUUGGAAAUAAAUUCUAGUUCUUCAUUUUGAAGUUUUAUUAAUAAUAUGUGCUUGUGUCACAUUGAUUUUGUUAAGGUUUGGUAUUACAAUUAAAGCAUGAAUUACAAAUUUUAAAUAUGUGGAAUGCUUUAAUGUGUGCUAUUUUAAUAAAUAGCAUUGUAUUUUCAUAUAUUUUAAAUGUUAGUUUUGAAAUGGGAGGGCAUACCUGUUUGGAUUUCAAUUUUAUAUCUAUAUAAAAUAUGUACUUUAUGUAAAGUUUUCUCUA